CUGUCAGUUCCCUGGAGCGGCCGGUUGUGAUGGCGCUGAGGCUGUUGCUGCGGAUCGGGAGGGGCCUCCCGCUGGGAAACUGGCAUUCUGCAGCUUGCUCUCUUGUACUGCGCGAUGUACGUCCAUACGCAACUGAGGCCACACAGGCCGUGCUGGAGAAAACAGGCAGGGAGGCCCCAGUCGUCACAACCGUAAAGGGGAAGAAGUUAGCUGCAACGGAAUCAAAGUCGUUUGCUGUGAACAUGUUUCGGGGUCAGGUCCAAACAGAGCAGGUGUUCCCCUUCCCCUCUGUUCUGAAUGAUGAGCAGGAGCAGUUUCUCCGGGAAUUAGUGGGACCUGUCAGCAAGUUUUUCCAGGAGGUCAAUGACCCAGCUGCCAAUGACACACUGGAGAAAGUGGAGGACAGCACAAUGGAAGGCCUGAAAGAGAUGGGGGCGUUCGGCCUACAAGUGCCUUCUGAGCUUGGGGGACUGGGGCUCACUAACACUCAGUAUGCCCGACUGGUCGAAAUUGUUGGCAUGCAUGACCUGGGUGUAGGCAUCACUCUGGGUGCACACCAGUCCAUUGGAUUCAAAGGGAUUCUCCUGUUUGGGAAUGAUGCCCAGAAGAAGAAAUACCUUCCGAAGCUGGCUACAGGAGAAACAAUCGCUGCCUUCUGUCUGACUGAACCUGCCAGUGGCUCUGAUGCUGCAUCAAUCAAAACCACAGCCAAAAGGAGCGACUGCGGAAAGUACUACAUCCUUAAUGGGGGCAAGAUCUGGAUCAGUAAUGGUGGUCUGGCAGAUAUCUUCACUGUCUUCGCUAAAAUGUCAGUGAAAGAUGAAACAACCGGUGAAGUGAAGGACAAAAUCACCGCGUUCAUUGUGGAGCGGGGAUUCGGAGGAGUGACCAGUGGGCCACCAGAGAAGAAGAUGGGCAUUAAAGCAUCAAAUACAGCGGAUGUGCACUUUGAGGAUGUGAAGGUGCCGGUGGAGAACGUGCUGGGAGAGAUUGGUGGAGGCUUCAAGGUGGCCAUGAAUAUUUUGAACAAUGGACGCUUUGGUAUGGCAGCAGCUCUCUCUGGAACCAUGAAGGGAAUCAUUGCCAGGGCAGUUGACCAUGCUGCAAAUCGGAUCCAGUUUGGGAACAAGAUUCACACCUUUGGUACCAUUCAGGAGAAGAUUGCUCGUAUGGCAAUGCUGCAGUAUGUGUCCGAGUCGAUGGCAUACAUGAUCAGUGCAAACAUGGACUCAGGAGCAACCGAAUUCCAGAUAGAAGCUGCCAUCAGCAAGAUCUUUGCAUCUGAGGCUGCCUGGACUGUCACUGACGAAUGUAUUCAACUCAUGGGUGGAAUGGGCUUCAUGAAGGAUGCUGGUGUUGAGCGGGUGAUGAGGGACCUUCGGAUCUUCCGCAUUUUUGAGGGAACAAAUGAUAUUCUUCGGCUUUUUGUUGCACUCAAUGGUAUUCAGACCACUGGGAAUCGCCUAAAAGGACUGCAGACAGCCCUGAAGAAUCCCAUCGAAAAUGCCAGUCUGUUAAUGAGUGAAAUCAGCAAGCGGGCACGAAGGAAGGUUGGGCUUAGUACAGGCAUGAGCCUGAGUAACAGUGUACAUCCAGAACUGAAGCAAAGCGGAGAACUGGCAGUGAAAGCUAUUGAAAAAUUUGGUGGCGGUACAGAAGAUCUGCUGUUGAAAUAUGGCAAGAGAGUUGUAGAUGAACAGUUCCUGCUGAACAGGGUUGCAGAUAGUGCCAUUGACUUGUAUGCCAUGGUAGUGGUUCUCUCCCGGGCUUCCCGUUCUCUGAGCCAAGGUCAUGCGACUGCUCAACAUGAGAAACUGCUCUGUGACACCUGGUGCAUUGAGGCAUACGCUCGCAUUACAGACAAUCUGAAUGCCCUCACUUCCAGCUCUGCCAAGCGGGCCUUCAAGAACAUGCGGGCUAUUUCAGCAGCGGUGGUGAGCAAUGGUGGCAUCGUGAAUCCUCAUCCCUUGGGAUUUUAAAAAGGGAAACCACUCUGCCUUGCCAGAUCAGAAUGUAAAUCCACAGUCAGAUCUACUCAGGAUCUAACACCUCGGUCUUUAAAAAUUGGAAAGUUUAAUUACUGACACUGAUCUUCGUUUCAGACUGGGAAUGCCAUGAUUGGUGCUGUUGCAGUUUUGAGUCCUGGAAAAGUUUUAAGUAGUAAUGCCCAAAUGAAUUACAUUUAUCCUUGCACUUGUUAACCACUAGCAUUAUCACUAGGGCUUCAUUUAAUAACAGUCCUGACAAUGGCAUAGUGGUAAUGUAACUGGACUAGUAAUCCAGAGGCCUAGACUAAUGCCCUGGGGACUUGGGUUCACAUUCUCCAAAAUUAAAUUCUCCAAAGCAGCUGGAGAAUUUAAAUUCAGUCAAUGGUUCUGGAAUUGAAUGUCGAUUACAGUCGUGGUGACCAUGACAACUAUCAUCAUUGGUUGUAAACUCCCAUCUGUGUCAUUUAGAGGAUAUCAGCUGAUCUUACCCAGUCUGACCUACAUGUGACGCCAGGCCCGGAGAAAUAUGGUUUGCUCUUAACCACCAUAAGAUCAGGGAUAUACAACUAUUGUUUGAGUCAGCAACCUUAAUAGCCCAUUAAAAAUUGAAGGAAAAAGUAUAACUGGGUACAUUCUGAUAGAGGUCUGGUUACAUUACCCUGCGAUGUUUGAGGAGGGACAGUAUAGAAGGAGCUUUACUCCAUAGCUAACACCGUCCACAGGGAGUGUUUGAUGGGAAUGUUUUACAGUGCCUGACAUUCAUUCAUGUUCUUUACAACUAUUAGACAGAGAGGAGGUAUAAGGUUCUGCCAGAAGCUGCAGCAGGUUCAUCAUCAGUAUGUUGACAUUGCUGCUAUUAUUUGAAACUUGCUCGAUUCUGCAGAAUAUGUGGGCACUUUCUUUAAAAAAUCAUUCAGUCUGAGGAAGCAAGUCCAUCCUCAGUUGCCAUAGUUGGCAGACACAUUUCAAUGCAAAGUCCCGAUAGUGUCUUGUAUCUUUGCUGAAAAUUUAGUGAUUAGAGUCAUUACAUAUUUCUCACAUGAACGAUGCAGGUUUAAUAUCUGCCAGUUUAAAUCAGAAAAAUAAAGACAAUUGAAUUGGAAGCUGAAUUUGCAACAAAUCAACAGCUUGAACUGCAGAAAUCUCUUUUCUAAAAUACUUCCUGUUCUGUGAGUGCGAUUGGAGAGCAAUAACUGGGGCCAGUGUGCAGCAAGGCCGCCCUGAAAGAGCCUAAUUGUUGUAUUUUUGUUGGUGUUUUAAAUCGUUCUUUGCAUUGCCCUGUGAACUGUAACUCACCAGCCAAAAGCAAAAAAAUGGUGACUCCAGGCUUCAUGGGCCCGAAGCAGCCUCACAACCCUCUGCCGCUGAGAGAUGCUGGUCAUGUUCCAGUAAGUAAUGUUGUGUGUUUGCUGGAACUUGCUAACAGUAUUCAUUCAAAAUCCCUGAUUGAAAAGAGUUGGAUCACCAUUGCUGAAAGAAACUUAAAUCGAGCACAUGUAACUCUCGCAAAGAUUAAAACCAAACCCACCCCCAGAUUCCCGAUUGCUGCAUUAACUAUAAGCCAUACAGUUAUAAACCAGGCAGAAUGUGUUUAUUAUUAUUAGGGUGCCUAUGAUUGUGAUUUAGAGAGAGGAGUUUGGCCAGUAUGUAAAUUCAUUUGAACCUUUGUACAGAGAUGUUGACAGCAACGAUUGCCCAUCCUGUCCCCUGUUCAUCAGAAUAAGCUGCAGGCCAUUGCCUGUUUGCCCAGGGAACCACUGGCCAUAUUUGUCCCAGAAUUCAGAUUUCCAACCAUGUGCACAUAAAUGUAAAAGUCUUAUCGUAAGAUAAUCAGGCAAAGAAACGCAGGACUAAUCUGUCAUUCUGGGAGCUGUUUGUAGUUUUAAAAGAGUCAACAAUUUAUUAUCCUAUGCAUUUUUAAGUCCACUUUAACAUGCUGUCAGUUCUAUUGCCUCAAUUUAUCUUUUAAUGGUUCUCUGAUCAAAGAGGAAGUUGCUUUCAGAUUAGGGUUAAGCCUCUCCAAACACCAUUCUCCAUAAUACCUCCCUGUCUGUGACAUAUUGCAACCCCUCAACCUGGCACCUCAAUGGUAGACUCCGCUCAGGUUGUGCACUGAAGACUGUGUCUAUCACUGGGCCACUUCAUAAGGACAAGGGGGAGACCAUUUAGUCCAUCAAGUUUGUUUUGUCAUUCAAUGAGAUCAUGGUUGAUUUGUCUCCUAAUCUGUCUCUCAAGUCUAGCAAAAAUCAAAAUCACACAACACCAGCUUUAAACUUUGUACACCCUAGUCCAACAUCGGCAUCUCCAAAUCGUAGCAAAAAUCAGUCCAUCUCAAAUUAAAAUUAUUAAUUGAGCAAGCACCUACUGAUUGAGGGAAAUAGCUCUACCCCUCUACCAGCUCUACCCCUCUACCAGCUCUACCCCUCUACCAGCUCUACCCCUCUACCAGCUCUACCCCUCUACCAGCUCUACCCCUCUACCAGCUCUACCCCUCUACCAGCUCUACCCCUCUACCAGCUCUGCACUUGUACCAACUCUGCACUUGUACCAACUCUGCACUUGUACCAACUCUACCCUUGUACCAACUUUUGAACAAAGUUUCAACGUGUUUCCUAACAUGUCUCCAGAAUUGUCUCUCUGAUUUUUAGAUACUCCCACCUAUCCCCUCUCACCAACAGAAACGAUUCCCUCUUUCUAACCGGUCUUGAAUUUUUCCAAGGUACUAAAUUGCCUUGCAACCUUUUGCAUUGCAGGGAAUAAAAGAGUUUGUGUAAUCUAUCUUCAUAAUUUAAUCUCUGGACAAAGGAGGGGAUUUUCUUGUCUGAGAGGAAAGAUUAAGGAGUUUUGAAAAUUUAAAGAGCUAAAACAGGCAUAGUGGGCCAAAUGGCCUUCUGUAUGCUGUGUGAUUCUGUGUCACGGAAUGAUAGGUUGCGUUCAUAGCAGAAACAUAGAAUUUGGAUAGCAGUCACUGGCAUCCAGCAUCAAACUGGUGUUCGGAGUUCCCUGGUGGCAAUGGGCCCCUCUCUGCCUUGCUGUAUAGUCAGGCCAUUUCCAAGUUUAGACUACAUUUUCCCAUCACUGUGAAAUCAUUUGUCCAACUUGCUGUCGUCACAAUGUGGCCUCAGCACAUUCAGUGAACAAUAGAACUACACCAAUGUUCAUCGUACAUAAUAUCGAUUCAGUACUCUCUCUAUAGUGUGCAUGUGUAGGAAAGAGUGCAAUGGGGCAAAUUAAGAAUUGCAGAAGCCUCAUGACUGCACACUAUCAGUGAUAAUGUACCUUCUAUUUCUUUGUAAUAAAUAUUAUUCUGGAUACUUUUGAUUUUUAUUUUAAAAAAGUAGCUUCCAAAUAAAGUUGCUUUCUCUGCAA